UUCAUUUAUGACAUCUACAACGAUUGCAAUUUCCAAGGUAGUUGUCCAGCAACAGAUGUGACUCGGUACGGAACCACAACCCAAGAACCCUGAGGACCUAUCUACCUGAUAUUAACCACCACCAACCACCACCAACCACCACCUUCACAACAGCACACACAAGCAACAAAUAUAUCGUCACAACUACAGCUCCCACCACCAGUAAUACUAGUAUUAGCUGUAGAAGCAGCAGCAGCAACAGCAACAAAAACAACAACAACAACAACAACAGUAACAAUAGAUAUAACCAGGAACAACAAACAGCUAAAAUAAAAAGAAACAAAAGCUAGAGAAAACUUUCCUUGGAUGCUUUUUGUAAUGUGAAUACCUCUUGAUUUGGAUUUAUAUUAUACAUCUAUGUACACGAUAACAUAUAAUUAAAUAUACAUAUGUACGAGUGUGUGUAUAUUGAAAUAGUUAACAUUCCUAUAGUACCCAAGUGAAAACAACAUUUGUCCAAACAACAGCAGGGCGUAAAUUGCAGAGAAUAUUUUGGGACAAAAACAGAAAUUAAAAAGAAAAUUCUAUAGCAUUGUGCUUGAGUUUGUUACCAAAGUUAAUGUCUUCCUAUGUUUAUUAAUUGAUAACCAAUAAUUUUUAAAAUAUAUAUCACAUCGAGAAUAUUCUGGAAAUCUAUUCAGUUUUGGAACAAAUGAUAUGUUUUACCCAAGGAAUUUUCCCUUCCGUUCAAACUAGAAGAAAUUGUCUCUACGUGUUUAUUUGUCACAACUUUGGAGAACUAAAGAAACAUCCGCCACUUUAAAGGAAUGUCAAAUUGCUUCUAAUGCUGGAGAUGUACUACGGUGCCAGCUGUUCACUACUAGUAAACUAAGUGAUUGAUUCAUCAUUCCAGAAGAGAGUGUGUCCUGCCACCAUAGACAAACUUGGAGCACACCUUGAAGAUCUGUUCGGCAAUAUGAGUCAAAAAUUAUACCGCAACUACAAUAACGACAGAAGUCUAAGUUCGAACAGCAGCACCGGUAGUAGAAGCAGUCAGACUAGUAGCAAUGGUGAGGGCAAUAGCCUCAAGUGGUCGGAACAAGGUUACAGUGUCACUGACAUUUUGGACAAGUUUCGACUGCCUCAAAUCGUGCGGUUGCAUGCGAGGGGACAACCAGUACAUUCCAGCUUACCGAUACCGUUCAACAUUGCUCGUGAACAGUUACUGUUCUUCGAUUCAAGAAACAUUCGGCAGUUGAUUGCUGAAAAUUUAGUAGACACAUCGGAACCCGGAGCAAACAUGGAUUCGUACUUGGAAGAUGUUGUCAUUCCUGAAGACUAUCCAGGUUUAUUUGUGCAGCCAGUAACCUUAGGAAACAGUACCGAACUAAUCACUUAUGAUAAUAUUGAGUCUUUGGUGUCACACGAAGCCAAAGGAUUCCUGACCCUGCACACGAUACAAGGUAUUCGCAAGACAUCAUCUCUUGGAAGCCUCAGUCAAUCAAAUGCAGGAUCCUGUCCAAAAUUGUACCCCAGAGGAAGUAUAUUUCUAAUUGAAGAAAUUCAAAAAUGGUCUUUUAGUUCAAAAGGAAAUCUUCAGAAUAGCCAUCACGCUCCUUCCAUUUUGAAAGUUCCUUCAGCAAACCGGAAAUCCACAGUGCAUUUUGCUGACUCAAACCAAACAAAUGAAUACGAUGUUAGAGAAAACAUAAAUCAGAUAUCUAAAAGAGAAGGAUCAUCUAGAACAUCUUCUCCAUUGUCACCAGCAAGAAAAAUCCAAAGCAUGCAAAGGCUAAGUUCCAGUAUGAAAGAAGACUCAUCGUUAAGUAGUAGUUUGAAAACAAAACCAGUAGUUAGGUCUGCUUCCGUAGGGUCAUCAAGGUCAAUAGAUAAUGGUCUAGUUCUCAAAUGCAAAGAUGCAAGUGGACGAAAUGUCUACUUCCCGUUUCAUACUGAAGGGAGUUUUAUUCAAAUAUUAACGCAUCCAACAAACCCGAAAAAACUCUCAAUACAAGUGAAAGAAUUGUUAAACAUGAAAGUUCUUCCUCCUAUGAUAUGCUUUGUCUAUGGCAAAAAACGUCUUUUAUUAACAUCUGGUUUUCUAAAACUCAAGGAGAUUCAAGAACAUCGAUCGGUAGUUGUGUGUGCGGUAAACAGGACUUCAUAUGUCUUAUUCGAGUUGCCUGUCACCUCAAACAUGACAUUUUCUUUGUCUCUCAAUAAGGAUCUUUUAACGUCCCCUCAUAUUCAAAGAGCAUUACAUCUCUGUGAAGAGAAUGCCAUGAAUUUCAGCAGUGAUAUUAAAGUGGUUACUAAGUUGUCUUCAAAGUCAGCAGAGUUUGGCAACAACGGCCUCACUACUUUUGGUUUGGAAACAUUUAAACAGCUGGAAGACAUAGCCGAAGUGAGUUCCAGUGAAGAAGAUGAUGAUGAAAGUACGAACAAACAGUUUAAUCGUAUAUCUGUGGAAGGAGUGAUAUAUCUGUAGAAUAUAUAUGUUGUUGGUCAGUUUUAUUGGUGGUUCACUGCAAACAUAAUCACCUUCUAUUGUAAAUAAUUAUACCCCCUACUCCUCCUCUGUAACUCGGCAGUUAUCAGCCACAACUAUGAGAUACAUACAUGCAUGGAGCAGAAGAUACACAUACAUUAAGAAAAUACAAAGAAAUAUAACUGAAAUACAUACCUGCACACACGUUUUACACAUGUAUGUACAUAUACAUAUAUACGAGAAUAGCGAGUGGAACCCUUUAAACUUAUUCAGAAAAUUUCCAAACCCGCAAAAUCCUUAUUGCCGCAGAAUACAGCGAUGUAAACGUAACAGCAGCAGCAUCUCCGCCGGCUUUUUUUAGUUUGGAGGAACUAAUAAAUCCAAUGUAUUUUUGGAGAAACUCCCUCUUGGAAAAGUCUCUGCUUUUAAAACCUCAACGUGAGAGUGGUAUUUUGGAAGUAUCGUGAUUGCUCAUCUUUUGGGAUGUAGGAUCUGUUUAGCUAAGAUGUAUUGCUGUUGAAGAUAUUCGUAUCCUUCAGUGCAUCAACUUUGUUGGUAAUGAGAUCUCACCAGCAUCCUGCACAUGAGUAUAAUCAUAUCUUGGCAUUAUUCAGUCUAACAACCAGGAAACUAAAAAGGCCAAAGAAAUAAAAAUCAAGAAGGUACUGACGAUUCUCAAUCAGCAUCUACAAACAUGUACAUAUUUAGUUGAUGAAAAAAUCAGUCAAGCUGAUAUUACAGUAUAUUGCAAUAUGUUACAACGCUAUAAGCUAAUU